AUGACUCUCUACUACAGUCUUGUUUUCCUCCUUCUGGUGUUUGAGAUGGCCGUUUUCCUGGCCCUCAUCGUCCCUCUUCCGUUCACCAUCAAGCGCAAGCUUUUCGCGUUCAUCUCGGAGAGUCCUAUCAUUGCCAAGCUCCAAUAUGGCCUAAAGAUCACUUUUAUCUUUAUCCUGAUCCUCUUCCUUGACAGUGUCAACCGUGUGUAUCGGGUUCAGCAAGAGCUGGCUGCCUUCUCCAAAGAUGGCGCCGGUGUUGGAGCUGCUCACCUGGGCACCGACCGAAUGGAGGUGCAAGCACGCAAGUUCUACUCACAGCGCAACAUGUACCUUUGCGGUUUCACUCUCUUCCUCUCCCUGAUCUUGAACCGCACCUACAUCAUGAUCCUCGAGGUUCUCCGUCUUGAGGACCGUGUCAAGAUGCUCGAAGGCGACAAGAAGGCCGGUGGUAAGGACUCUGCUCGUGUUGCCGAGGCCGGCUCUGUCGGUGAGAUUGGCGCCCUGAAGAAGGAGCUCGAGGCCAAGGACCGUGACAUCGAGACUCUCAAGAAGCAAUGCGAAGGCCUGACCCGCGAGUACCACAAGCUUGGAGAUGAGGUUUCCACCGAAAAGGGUGACAAGAACGUCAGGAAGGACCUGUAA